AUGGCUGAAGCAGAGCAAUCCACGGUGGCUAACCCAAUUGAAACCCCCGCGGCCACGCAAGACAAACGAGCCCAGCUGGGCGAUUUGAUCGCACGAGCGGCCGCCAAAGAUGCGACUAAAGACCACAACUCCGCCUCAGAGCUCUACUCGCAGGCCACCGAACUUCAAGCCGAACUGAACGGUGAGCUGUCGUCUGAGAACGCUGAUUUGCUCUACGCCUACGGAAAGUCUCUCUACAAUGUUGCCGUGAGCAAGAGCGAUGUGCUUGGGUCCAAAGUGGCCGGGGAGCCCCAGCAGGCUCAGUCCCACAAUGCCCCCGCUACUAAGUCUACAUCUACCGGCGAAAACCUGAUCCAGGGCGCUAUCUCGAGCUCCAUGACCAAGAAUGCCACUUCUACGAAGAAGGAUGCGAGCCCACAAUCGGAAGCCGCGCCAUCAAAGCCCUUCUUCCAGUUCACUGGCGAUGAGAACUUUGUCGACUCUGAAGAUGAGGAUGAGGAGGAGGAGAAUGAGGAAGCUGGUGACGACGAGGACGAGGAUGACUUUGCGAACGCCUUCGAGGUUCUCGAUUUGGCGCGCAUCCUCUAUCUCAAGAAGCUGGAGGCUGUGGAGGAAAGCGGUGCUGAUAAGGGCAAGGGCAAAUCCGCGGAGUUACCUGCGGAUUUAAAGCAUAUCAAGGAGCGGCUUGCCGAUACCUACGACCUUCAGGCUGAAAUCUCUCUCGAGGCAGAGAGGUUCACUGAUGCCGUGACCGACUUGCGCACAGCUCUCGACCUCCGAAAUACCCUGUUCCCUUUCGAAGAUCCUUCCGUCGCGGAGUGUCACUACAAGCUUUCACUGGCUCUGGAGUUUGCGUCGGUCCAGCAACAGGGUGAAGAUGAUGAUGACCAAGAAAAGACGGUUGACGCCGAGAUGCGCGAGGAGGCUGCAACUCAGAUGGAGCGCGCUAUCGAAAGCUGCAAAGUUCGCAUGGCUUCCGAAGAGAAGAAGUUAGAAGCCGACACGGACCUGGAUGAAGACAAAGUGACAGCCACAAAACGAAAGAUUGCCAACGUCAAGGAGAUCAUCGCGGAUAUGGAGCAAAGACUUAUCGAUCUGCAGCGAUCGCCGGUCUCGAUUGAACAGAAGGACCAGGAAAACGAGGCUAUGCUGAAAGGCAUCCUCGGUCAAAUCAUUGGCCAGUCGGCCACGGACCAAAAGGCUCGCCUGGACGCCGUCAGCAAAGAGGCAACCGACUUAUCAUCGCUGGUCCGACGGAAGCCUGCUACCCAACCCUCUCAACAGCCCUCGUCUAAGCGACCUGCGGAGGAUGCCUCUGCGGACGGCGACUCGAAGCGCGCGCGAGUAGAGGAUGCAUGA